AUGAAGCAGAAGGUAUCUUCCACUGGGGGCGUGGUGGAGGCCCUGUCAAGACGAAUUCGCGACCUGCUAGGGGCCAGACAAUUUCAUCGUCCAAUUCGUGGAGGCAUCAUAGGUUAUUGGGCCACGUCUCACGACACGACCGGAUUCUCGCCAAUUUCACAGAUAUGUACCAACGGCACUAGAAGCCGAAAGCAUGCACGAUGCUGUAAGCAUGAGGGGCUUGGAAAGGUGGUUCAAUCAAUUGAAAUAAAGACGGCAGAACUUCGCCUAGUCUUCAGUGGCAUGUUGAUUUUUGCCCUUGGAAAUGAUUUCUUUAGGUUUCUGCCCAACGUCUCCGGCAAUUGGUUCCGGCUGGGUCAUUCUUCAAUAAUCCAGCCGCGAGAUUACAUUGUGAAGCACGAUGGAGACUGGUACCAUUCACAGAACGGCUAUCCGCAUGAAUAUAGCAGGGCAGAAUGGCGCCAGAGAGUGGAGCUCUACGGGACCAGCCAUGAAAAUACUCCAUAA